UCCCCCCGCCUCACCCGCGGCAGGCCAUCUCGGCACCCGCGGGGCCGGUGCGGGAGGACCCCAGCUGCCCUCCGACCCCCUCCGAUGUCCUCAAGAUGGAGGCAGCGGGGGCGGCGGUGUGAGGGGGCGCGGCGAGCGGGCCGCAGCAGGUGCCUGGGCGGCGGCGACGGAGGAGGAGGAGGAGAAGAAGGAUGGGGCUGCUCCUGGUGAUCGUGGCGUCGGCCGUGGCCGGCUCCUUCCUCACGCUCCUGGCCCAGAUCCUGAUGCUGUACCGGAGGAAGCCGGAGCCGCCGGCGGGGGAGGCGUGCGGGGGCGGCCGCUACAGCGCGCCGGGGCCGGGCCUCCUCCUGCGGGACUACCUCUAUGGCGGCGGGGGCGGCGAGGAGGCCGCGGGGCCCGCCGAGGCGGGCGGGCCCGGCCCGGAGACCUGCUACUUCCUCAACGCCGUGUUCCUUUUCCUGUUCCGCGAGCUGCGGGACACGGCCCUGGUCCGCCACUGGGUCACCAAGAAGAUCAAGGUGGAGCUGGAGGAGCUGCUGCAGACCAAGACGGCGGGCCGGCUGCUGGAGGGGCUCAGCCUGCGCGACGUGUCCCUGGGGGACGCCCUGCCCCUGUUCCGCACGGUGCGGCUCCUCAGGCCCGCGGGGGGCGAGGGCGACGGCGACGGCGAGGCCCCGGCCCCGGCCGGCGACGAGGGCGACGAGCCCGGCCCGGCCCCGCUCCCGGAGGAGCUGAGCUUCGAGGUGCAGCUGGACUACCCCGGCGGCUUCCACCUGGCCAUCGACGUGGACCUGGUCUUCGGCAAGUCCGCCUACCUGUUCGUCAAGCUGUCCCGCGUGGUGGGCAAGCUGCGGCUCGUCUUCACCCGCCGGCCCUUCACCCACUGGUCCUUCAGCUUCGUGGAGGACCCGCUCAUCGACUUGGAGGUGCGCUCCCAGUUCGAGGGCCGGCCCAUGCCCCAGCUCACCUCCAUCAUCGUCAACCAGCUCAAGAAGGUCAUCAAGCGCAAGCACACCUUGCCCAACUACAAGAUCAGGUACAAGCCAUUUUUUCCAUUUCAAGUCUUGCCGGGACCCGGGGACGUAGAAGACAGAGACCUCCACGUACAAGAAUGGGCACUCACAGAAGGACGGCUUAAAGUUACAUUAUUAGAGUGUAGCAGGUUACUGAUAUUUGGAUCCUAUGAAAGAGAGACAAAUAUUCAUUGCACACUUGAGUUGAGCAGGGGUGUGUGGGAAGAAAAAUCAAGGAGCUCUAUUAAGACGGCUGAAUUGAUUAAAGGGAACUUACAAAGUGUUGGACUUACACUUCGUCUGGUCCAGUCAAUUGAAGGAUACGCAGGGCACGUAACCAUUGAAACAGUGGCCCCAAAUUCACCUGCCGCAAAUGCGGACCUCCAGCGGGGAGACAGACUCAUAGCCAUUGGAGGAGUUAAAAUCACAUCAACGGUGCAAGUCUUAAAACUCAUCAAGCAGGCCGGUGACAGAGUGUUGGUGUUUUAUGAAAGACCAGUUGGGCAAAGUCAGCAUGGUGCAGUGCUUCAGGACAGCUUUGGACAGUUAGAAGACUCUCCUUUUCUGCCCCAACCGUGCCCACCAAAUUUUGAAGAAGAUACGUCUGGAGUUGCAACAGAUGGUGAUAACAGGGACCUGGAUUCCGAAUUUGAAGACUUGGCCUGCGAUGCCAAGACACCCAGUGAGCCCAAAGAAGAAGUAGGAUCAGCGAUAAAUCCAAGUCCCAAACGCACUGUAUCAACAUUUGCUGCUAAGCCCCUUGGAACCAUAUCUCCAAUUUUAAAUCGCAAAUUAAAUUUAGGAAGUCACCCAGCAGUCGUAAAGACCCAAUCGAAAGAUGGAAAUAAGUCCCUAGCUCCCAAAGUUUCUGAAUAUCAAGACACAGCCCAACAGUCAAUAAAACCAUCUCCAGGAUCCACUGUUAAACCUCCCGUACCACCAAGACCACAGGUUAAAUUUACGAUUGCAUCUUCCGAUCCCCAGAAUCAGACAGAGGCAGGAGACUUACCUGUUGAAAAACCAGAGCGGCCUUCUCCUCCUCCUCCUCUCCUCCCUCCUCCUCCUCCUCCCCCGCCUCCUUCUCCUCCUAAUGGGGAUAAGCCUGCAGAAAGAUUAGUAAAAAGCUCAGAUCAACUAGAAGAUGCAGCCAUGGCAAAACAACCUGCAACAAAGCAAGAAUUGGUAAAAGACUUGAUCUCUGAAAGUUCAGCCAAUACUAAGGACAUUUCAGAUGAUCAUCAAACGUGGGAAUCAUCUGAAGUUCCUUAUCGCAAUAGGCUAGGUAAAUGGACAAGAUCCAGGGCGACUUGUGUAUUUGAUGUAGAAGGCUCUCAUAGGUACCUCAAUGUUGCACUGUGGUGCCGAGAUCCUUUCAAGAUGGGGGGUCUCAUCUGCUUGGGACACGUGAGCAUAAAACUUGAAGAGAUCGCCUUAGAGUGCUUGGCUACGUCGAACAUGGAAUACCUUACAAAAUUCAGAUUGGAUGCCCCGGUGCCUAAAGCUAUAGUCAGUAGAACUGCCCUGCGAAAUUUAAGCACUCACAAAGGAUUCAAUGAAAAAUUUUGCUACGGCGACAUCACUCUGAAUUUCAAAUAUUUGAAAGAAGGAGAGUUGGAACUGUCGAGUACUCUGAUGGAGAAAGAAAGGGAAUGCAGUUUGAUAGACGAGGCUUCAGCAUUUCAUAAAGAGGAACCCUAUGCUGGGCAGAUGGCAUUUACUGAGAACAAACACAGUUUCCAGGAUACUCAGUUCCAGAACCCUACAUGGUGCGACUAUUGUAAAAAGAAGGUUUGGACUAAGGCGGCAUCCCAGUGCUUGCUUUGUGCUUACGUUUGCCAUAAAAAGUGUCAAGAAAAGUGUCUCGCAGAAACGCCGUUGUGUGUGGCAGCUGAAAGGAAACUGGAGCGAAGCUUAGGAAACUUGAGGCUGGAAGGACAGGAACCUGCAGUAGGUCUGGCCUCUCGGACUGACGGUGAAACGAAAUCGGUGAACAAAACCACAGGGUUAACGAGGCACAUUAUCAACACUAGCUCCCGUUUGUUAAAUUUGCGUCAAGUCCCCAAGGCGCGCCUUGCCGAGCAAGGAACCGACCUGGCCGAGCCCUCACCGAAGCACACUCCAAACACUUCCGACAACGAGAGCAGUGACACUGAAGUCUGUGGUUCAAAUAGCCCUUCCAAACGAGCAGGCAGCACAGGAAUCAAGUUAGUAAGGAAGGAUGGCGGUCUGGAUGACAGUGUCUUCAUUGCCGUUAAAGAAAUCGGUCGUGAUCUCUACAGGGGAUUGCCUACAGAUGAGCGGUUCCAGAAGCUAGAAUUCAUGUUGGACAAACUGCAAAAUGAAAUAGACCAGGAGUUAGAACACAAUAAUUUGCUCGUUCGAGAAGAGAAGGAGACAGCGGAGCCGAAGAAAAAAUCUCUCCUUUCUUCUGCGUUGGCUAAAUCAGGCGAAAGACUGCAGGCUCUGACUCUCCUCAUGAUUCACUAUAGAGCGGGCAUCGAGGAUCUCGAAUCUUUAGAAAAUGCAACCAUAGAUCAGCGCUCCAGGAAGACGAGUAAACACCCGGAGGACACAGGUAGGGCAGAAGACCCCGAUCAAGAAGAUGACCAAUUGAUGGAGCCUCCGCCGUUCAGCAGCAUAUCAGAAGAAUUGUUUGCCACUUCUGAAUCGGUGUAGUUGGUUAUUUGCCUAGUUAGCCUACGGAAUAAUCGAGUGGGGAGAGAAAGUUGUUGUCCUUUAUGAAGUAACAUUGAUGGCAUCCACGUUUAAGCACUGGUAUAAUGUCCAUGGCUGGAUUCUCCAAUAUUGCCUAGUUAAGAGUAAAGGGUCGGAGGUUGUUUUCCAGCUGAAGUGGGAGCACUUGGUUAAAUUGUUUGAUUCAGGUUGCAUUAUGACUAAGCUUUUUUGGGUUUUUACUGGGAACUUAUUUUUACUAAUUUAUUUUUAAUGUUUUCUAAUUAUGUAAGCUAGCAUUUCAUGUUGUGGUAUAUGUGUGAGGCAUCUCUUCCGCUUUCUGAAUUUCCGUUGAAUAGGUGACUGUCAGGAUUCUAUAAGUAUUUUGGUUUUCAUCGUGGUGAUAGUUUUGAAUGUGCUGCAUGCUCAGGUGGAAAAUUCAGCAAUCAUCGAGGG